GGCAGCUGUCAUCGCGGUGAAUAUAAGCCGCGCCCUGAUUGGUUGGGACAACUCCUGCACUAGUUCUGAUACAUCUCCCAUCAGUGUCCAGCACUAUACACAGUUUGUUACUUGCGGUUCCUCUUCACUUCCUGGGUGUGUCAGUAUAUACAACCGCACCGCUUAUCUUGUGCCUGAGAGCGCAUCCUACACAGCGCUGGCACAGCACAACUCCUCACCCUCUGUUUCCAUGCCAACUUCCAACUUCCUGUGAGCUGUGCCCGUCUAGCGCCAUCCCUGAGUACUGCUACCCCUGCCCUGUCACAGUGUAUGGCGGGCACCGUGCUAUCUCAGGUGGACGAGUAGCCCGGGAGCGCAACCCACGAGUCAGUCAGCGGCAAAGAUGUCUUCAGAGGAGGAAAGCGGCCGGCGGGGGGACGGGGACGAGACGGAUGAUGUGCUGUCUGAAGAGUUAUCGUUUAGAAGCCCUGAUAUCAUGUCUGUGAGCUCUCAGACGUUUCCUCCAGGAGGGCCUAAUGGCAUUCUUCGAAGUCAGUCAUUUGCUGGUUUUAGUGGCAUUCCAGAAAGGAGAUCUAGAUGUAAUUCAUUUCUUGGGAGCUCUUCAGUUCCCAAAAAGCCACAAGCAAAGCAAAAGAAAAUGCAUAAUCUGGGCCACAAAAACAGCAGCUCUUCCAAAGAACCUCAGCCAGAGAGAGUAGAAGAAAUAUAUAGCGCCCUAAAAAAUGGUCUCGAUGAAUAUCUGGAAGUUCAUCAAACUGAACUAGACAAGCUGACUGCCCAACUAAAAGACAUGAAGAGAAAUUCAAGACUGGGAGUUUUAUAUGAUCUGGAUAAGCAAAUCAAAACCAUUGAGCGCUAUAUAAGACGACUGGAAUUCCACAUGAGUAAGGUUGAUGAGCUGUAUGAAGCAUAUUGUAUCCAAAGACGCCUACGUGAGGGGGCAUGUAAAAUGAAGCAGGCAUUUGCUGCUUCACCUUCAAGCAAGGCAGCUCGGGAGAGUUUGUCUGAAAUAAAUAAGAGCUUCAAAGAGUACACGGAGAAUAUGUGCACAGUUGAGUCUGAAAUGGAAAAUUUAUUGGGUGAAUUCUACAUCAAAAUGAAAGGCCUAGCUGGUUUUGCACGUCUAUGUCCUGGAGACCAGUAUGAGAUAUUCAUGAGAUAUGGCAGGCAAAGGUGGAAACUAAAAGGCAAAAUAGAGGUUAAUGGGAAGCAGAGCUGGGAUGGUGAUGAAAUGUUUUUUGUUCCUCUUAUUAACAGCUUAAUAUCUAUUAAGGUCACAGAACUUAAGGGCAUUGCAACUCACCUCCUUGUUGGAAGUGUUACCUGUGAAACAAAGGACCUUUUUGCUGCCCAUCCUCAAGCUGUUGCUGUUGACAUAAAUGAUCUUGGUACUAUUAAACUUAACCUUGAAGUAACUUGGUGUCCAUUCGAUACAGAGGAUCUGACCCCAUCAACAGGCAAUAUAAACAAAGCGGCUGCUCUCCAAAGAAGAGUCUCCAUAUACAGCCAGGGCACCCCAGAGACCCCCACAUUUAAAGACCAUUCCUUCUUUAAAUGGUUCAACCCUCCGCCAGACAGGCUACGGCUGUCAAUUAUGGAUGCAUUGCAGGAGACUUUCUUUGACAAACUUCGACGCAGUCGCUCUUUUAGUGAUUUGCCAUCUCUCAGGCUAAGGCCUAGAUCAGGCCGAGAGAGAUAUUCUAAUUUGCAAGAUGAUGUUUUCGAUACUGGUGUAGAAACCAUUGAGAAGAGAGCCCUCUCCUUAAGUUUUGACAACUUGCCUAAUGGUGACUGUACACCACCCAGAUCAACUCCCUCAUCUUCUCUGGGAUAUUCAAACCCUGAAAUCACAGUCACCCCGCCAGAACAUAACCUCAGUGAUUUGUCAUCAGAGGAACCAUUGAAAGACAGUUUGAGUGCCAGUUCUUCUACAGAUUCAGCUAGUCAGCCACAGGACUCUCAGUGCAUUGUAGAGCACGCUAGUGAAACGGAGGAAACCAUUGCAGGGAAUAAAUCAGACCAACCUGCUUGCCAAAGCCAUCUGCCCAAUGUGGAAAGUAACAUGUAUAUUACUUCAAAUGUCUCUGUGUCAAUUUUGCAAGAUUCCGAAGAGGCCUCUGAGCUGAAGCCUGUGGAGCUAGAUACUUGUGAAGGUAAUAUUACCAAACAGCUGGUAAAAAGGCUUACAUCAUCAGAGGUACCUGCUGCUCCAGAGAGACUCCAGUCUGAGUGCUCCACUUAUAGUGAAGCUGAAGCCUCUCGGUCCUACUUGGAUGGAACUUUAGAGGAGUCCUUACAAGGACUCCUCCUAACACUGGAGCCUUGUAAAGACCAGUAUCCAGAAUACCAAGAAUUGUACCAUGAAAUUACUCACCUGGAAGAUGUCCUCAAAUGCAAGUCAUCUGUAAACCGAAGCAGGUCUUCCAGUAUAAGUCUAACUGUUGAGAGUGCUUUAGAGAGCUUUGAUUUCCUGAACACCUCUGACUUUGAUGAUGAUGAUGGUGAGGAGGAUGGUGGAGAGAUGGUUUGUAAUGGUGGAGCUGCAGACUGUGUAUUUAUGGACACAAUUGUGGAGAAGGCAAGUUACAGAUCAGACCAUCCAGAAGCCAGGGGACACCUCAGCGAGGCAUUAACUGAAGACACAGGGGUUGGCACUAGUGUGGCCAGCAGUCCACUGCCCCUCACUACAGGAAAUGAGAGCCUAGAUAUAACACUGGUCAGGCAUCUGCAGUACUGCUCCGAACUUAUUAAGCAAAUUAUUACUUCGAGUCAAGUGCUGUUUGUCCUGAGAGACCUAAAGAAGAAAUUGAGUCGACAAAGUCAAGUAAUCCAGCAGUUGUCACAUAUCAGUAAAGAGAACAUGGGCAACACUAAUUCAGUUUUAGAAGUUAUCUCUGGAUUUCAUGACAUGCCAUCACUUCUAUCCUUCUGGACUAAAUGCUCCACCCCUUUUCACAUGUACCACAUAAGUGCUGAAAAAUUGGUAAAACAGCUGCAUGAAUCCUUUAGCCAAAUGGUGAAUUCUGAAAGCCCAGGACUUUCUCAUACAGUUUACAGAACGCUGGUUGCUCACAUUCUCGACAAAGCAGAAAACAUGUCAUUUAACUUGUCUGCAGAAACAAUCACAGUUUUUCAGUAUUAUGAUUUUUUCAGUAGCCAUAAUAUUACAGACCUUAAAAGCUAUUUGCUACAUCUUACUAAGGAAGCUUUAGCUGAACCUGUGAUGCAAACCACUGUGGAUACAGGUAAAAUGAGGGAUCUGGAAACAUGUACUCUGCCUCAGUCCCAGGAAAUCCUUACUUCACGAAAUCUGCUGCUUUCUGAAAAAGAUGACAUCUGUCAAGCACUGGACUCACUCUCCUCUGCUGCAUCCAUAUCAAAGGAGUUCAGAGAAAAGGCCCUUACUUACUAUUGUGAGGCAGUGACUAAGCCUAAUGUUGACCUCCAGAAAGCUGCAUGCCUGGCUCUAAGAUGCCUUCAGGCCAGAGAAAGCAUAAAUAUUCUUGUCACCGUCUGUCAGUCGGAUAAUGAAGAGCUUAGGAAAGUUGCAACAGAGACGUUGCUGUCUUUAGGAGAAGAUGGAAGGCAGGCAUAUGAAAUUCUUCAAAAUACAAGCACUGAAGAAAAUCCGAGGCAGGCACACAGGUGUCAUGAGGAAUCCACCCCAGAACCAGAAGAUGAACUACAGGUACAUGAAUGUCCCGAGAAGGUCACUCCAAAAAAAGAUGAAGAAAGGCAAGAUUAUGAAUGCCUGGAAAAAGUGACUCCAGCGGCCGAAGAUAGAAGGGAGAACUAUGAAUGCAUAGGAGAAGCCACUCCAGAAGUAGCCACCAUAGAAGAGCACAGAGUCCCAGUUACCGCCACUGCUUUUUAGUGUCCUGUAGGUAAAGACUGUGCAUUAGACCAGAUCAUAUCUGCCUUUAGAAGUUGGUGCUGUAUACAGUAGAAAAUAUUGAUAAUGUACGCAUUAAUGUACGUGGGCCAAUGUGAAUUGAAUAUACAUCUUAGAAUUUGAAUGACUUGUUGAGAAUAAUUCCAUUAACCACAAAUCAAUAGUGUACAGCCGUCAGGAGAUACCCAUAGGAAAAUCAUAUCCAUGUAUAUAACUUCUAACUCCUUUUUAUCUUUUUAUUCAUAUUGUUUUAUUUUGUUCCUGAUGAUCUUAUAUAAAAGUCAUGUUUACUAGAUUAAUCCCCCUGCUUGUGGUUUAAAGGGGUUUCCAGGAUUGGAGGAAAAUCUUAAAUGUGGCCAAGGCCCUACGAAUGAUGUUUUAGGGCUAUGUCACUACUGUACAACAUUUUAAUGUAUAUUUCAGGGUACCUGUGCUGCACCCACUGACCCAAUGAAGUCAACAAGUGUCUACGUUUGGUCUGUUUUUUAAAAGUUUAUUUUGUUGUUUCUUCUUAAUUUUUUUGCAUAGUUUAAAAACAUUAGUCAAAUGAUUUUUUGUGGACCUUGUGAUUGAUGGCCUAUCCCUAUUGUAGGCCAUCAAUAUAAGUGGUCCCAGCUCCAUUACUGUGUACAUCCGAGCACAGAGCUCUGCCGAACAGCUGAUCCGGUAUCCCACCAAUGAAAUAUUGCUAGGCCACUAAUAAGCCUAUUGCCUCCUAAGAAACCCAUUUAAAUAGUUCCCUAAUUCAGUGUAAUUUUUUUUUUCUCCUUACACAUUGGCCCUCAUUUACUAACAGCAUUCCGACUCUUUUUUGUUUGGGUUUUGUGCCUAAAUUCUGUGUAAAUUCUGAAUGUGCAAUAGAAAAAAACCCGACAGAAUCAGAAACCCUUAGAGUGGGGGAAAAAAAACUACAAAAUGGGCGUGGUUUUCCGGAAAAGAGGCGUGUUCUCUACAUUUCAUCCAAAAUCACUUGUCUUUUCUGAAAACCACUCUCAAAAUCGUGUGAAUUUUCUGGGAAGAAAACCCUACACUUUAAAGCAUGUAUAAAGUUUUGGAAAGCGGAGUAAAUUAGUAAAUACCAUGGAAAAAAAAAUGUUGGAAUAACAAAAAACAAAACAAAACCUACACUCCACUCUUAGUAAAUCAGGGCCAUUUAUAGGUCAUGUUAUCAGUUUUUUUCUGUGCAGCCCUAACAAUGAGCCAGCCAGAAUUGUAAAUAUCAUUUAACCUAAAUUAUGAAACCACAGAUCUGGGCAUACAUCCAGCCACCCAAAACCAUAACUAAACAAUAGGAUGUAGGUCCGGCCAGAAUCCUGGAUUUGACCCUUUUAGGGCAAUUUAACUCAUGCAGCCCAGCUGAGAAAUUCUUUUAAAUAGCGUUUAAUGCUGUCAUAAUGUGGUAUAACUGCAGGGAGAUGACCUGAAUAAGUGAUGUUUUUAUACUUGCUCCUGCUGUCUGGAACAAUAGGAAUAACCUGGCUCUACUUUUUAGCAAUUCUUGCUUUAUAGAGGGUACACUGCCAUGCAAUUUCGCUCUCACUUCAAACUGUAUGUAGCGAUAAAGAAUGCUGCUUUUAGUUUUUGUACUUAUGAGCCAAUUUUGUAAGGGACACGUUUGUAAAUAUGUUCUCCAGCUAGAAAGAUGGACCCAUUUUAUUUGACAACAAAUAGAUAUUUUAUAUGCUGUUCUGAACACAUUUUAUUUUAUAGUGUAUGCUUACUUCUAUUGUAUAGAUUUGUACUUGGUUCUUGAACGCAUUAGCAACACUGGAGAUAAUCAGGGGGGUUGUGAUGUCACGGCCAUGCCGCCUCGUGAUGGCACA